UACGUUUAUUGAACGAAUCUCCCAGCUGCCACAGUGAGUGCGAGGGCUACACUGAUUCGACUCAUUCACAAGCUCCACACACCAGUGGCGAAAGAUGACCAACGAAGUGACAGCUGUCGGCGAUGCGGCGCUGCUGCGGCGCGCGUGCGACACGUUUGCGACUCGCUUCGGGCGCGCGCCGGCCGCGGCUGCGUGUGCGCCGGGCAGGGCCAACCUCAUGGGCGAUCACGUGGAUUAUUGUGAGGGCUUCGUGCUGCCUGUGGCCCUUCCCUUCGUGACAGUGGUGGUGGGUUCCCACAACGGUACAGGCCAGUGUAACGUGCUGUCCGCUGGCCAGCUCUCCCAGGAAGCCAGUUUCUCCGCGCCUACGCCCGACGCCCCUCUACGGCCGGGAGAACCUGCCUGGGCCAAUUACGUCAAGGGUGUUGUCGCCAAUUUCCCAGGCCGUGUGAGAGGUUUCGAUGCCGUCAUAGUGUCGGACCUACCCAUGGGGUCGGGGCUCUCCAGCAGUGCAUCAUUGGAAGUAGCUGUUUUCACCAUCCUUGAGGAACUCGAGGGAAAGAAGGUUGACCCAGUCCAAAAAGCGAAGCUGUGUCAGAAGGCGGAACACGAGUUCCCCGGCAUGCCUUGCGGCAUCAUGGACCAAUACGUUGUGACACUGGCCAGAAAGGACCAUGCCCUUCUAAUAGACUGCAGAUCGUUAGAAGCCAAGCAUAUUCCAGUAAAUACGGGUGACACUGCGAUCCUGGUGGUGAACUCCAACGUGAAGCACCAACUGACUGGCAGCGAGUAUCCGCAGCGCAGGGCGCAGUGCCAGGAGGCGGCUGACAAGCUUGGCUUGCCCUCUCUAAGGGGCGCUACCAGGAAAGACUUAGAAGAACUCAAACGGCAGAACUGUGAUAAGCUGGUGCUGAUGAGGGCUGAGCACAUCAUCGAUGAGAUACACCGCACGGAGCAGGUGGCCAAGAGCCUCGCGCAGAUGGACUUAGAUAGGGUCGGCGAAAUGUUCUACCAGUCACACGAGUCGCUAAGCACUCUGAUGCAGGUGUCUUGCCCAGAACUGGACCAGCUCGUGGACAUCAUGAGAGGAGCACCAGGGGUCUACGGGGCUAGGAUGACUGGCGGCGGGUUUGGAGGCUGCGUGGUUGCUUUGGUGAAGAAGGGCGACGUGGAGGGCCUGAAAAGCAAGAUAUUGAAGAACUACAAAGGGUCGCCGACUUUCUUCGUGUGCGAGCCGAGCGAGGGCGCCCGCGCUCUCCCAAUAAAAUGAUGACAAAUA